GGCAACUUCAGAGAGGCAACAGGCGGCAGGUCUCAGCCUAGGGCUCUUAACUACUUUGCUGGAGUGUCCGUCCUGGGAGUGGCUGGUGACCCAGCCCAGGAGACCCAUGCCUGCCAUGGUCCCUGGGUGGAACCAUGGCAACAUCACCCGCUCCAAGGCAGAGGAGCUACUUUCCAGAGCUGGCAAGGACGGGAGCUUCCUUGUGCGUGCCAGCGAGUCCAUCCCCCGGGCCUAUGCGCUCUGUGUGCUGUUCCGGAAUUGUGUUUACACUUACAGGAUUCUUCCCAAUGAGGACGAUAAAUUCACUGUUCAGGCAUCCGAAGGUGUCCCCAUGAAGUUCUUCACGAAGCUGGACCAGCUCAUCGAGUUUUACAAGAAGGAAAACAUGGGGCUGGUGACCCACCUGCAGUACCCUGUGCCUCUGGAGGAGGAAGAUGCCAUCGAUGAGGCUGAAGAGGACACUGGUAGGAAGGGAAGGAGGGGAUG